AUGCAUCGACCAGCGCUUGCAGCGCCCCGUAUCACGGCUUCGGCCCGCGAAUUCUCCAUCUUCGACACCAGCCCGAAGGGCAGUCUCGAGGCCUCCAUCGUCGCCUACAACCGCGAAAAUAUGACUACCAUGUUGGCUCCAGCUGGAUCGGGACGAACGGUCACGGCGGGUAUUGAGAAGGAGUGGAGAUGCCGCCUCGGCAGCAGCAGUGACGAACAGGAAAUUUCGGACCAGUACGGAGUGUGCUUCGUUACGACCGUCAACGCGGCGGGAUCCAGGACGGUGGACCCCGGUAUGCCGGUCAGCACCUGCUUCUCGGAGGCGCACUCGGUGGUCGUGGCCUUUACGGCGGGGUUGGAGCAGGUCCAGGUGGUCCACCCGAUCAUCACUCAGUAUGAAUAUGAUCCGUCUGCUCUGCUUUCGAGGUGGGCUGCGUGGGAGGCUACGGCGGCUUGUACGACGCUCACCAGUCCGCGCCCUACACCGGGUCAGUGUCUAGGAGACCGACGACAUGGACUACAGGAACUAUUUCGUUGGCGGUGGAGACAGGAAGUGCAAUGGGUAUGGGAACAAAGUCGGGGACAGAAACGGUGA